AUGGAUCCAAAGGAAAAGUUCUAUCGUCACUUUCGUGACAGCGUCGACGCUCUCCAGGAUCAGAUUGAUCAAUUAACUCAGCUAUCCUCCAUCGGUGGCGAGCGUCAAGAUGCCACGGACAACAUCCUCGCGGGCAUCAGCAAGCUCCAGAAUGAAGUCGCCGAUGCCGCCGAGUUCACGCCCGCAUACGACCGACGUCAGUAUUCAGAUGCAAUCAAAGGCCUACAGGAUAAGCUUAACGAGACUCUUGCCAAGUUUGCACCCAAGACGAGAUUCCAGUUUAGGCGCACUGGAACAGACCACAUCGACAUGGGCGCACCGGAGAAUGAUCCGCGCUUGAACCCGGGCAGUCUGUCUCGACGACCGCGUAGUCCAACGACUGCUCCGGGUGCAGCGAGGAGCAUGGCAGAGGAGAACCGGGAUAUCGUGGGCGAUCUGCCGUCCACGGGGAAGAAUUACAACGAGGAGCUAGCCAAGCCAGACCUCGCAUCUAUCCGAAAGCCCAGCUUCUCUGCCGCGCAGAGCAUCGACAUCUCUGACCAUGACGGCCUCCACAUCAUUCUUCCGUCCUCGGCGUCGCGGGCCACAGCAGCGGGCUGUUUGCGAAACCUCAAAAAUUGUGUCAUUGACCUUUCGAUACCCACAGCCCAGGGCGCACCAUUCCCGGGUCUUAUAUUGAAGGAUAUCGACAGGUGUCUUAUUGUGGCAGGCAGAGUGAACGGGCCUAUCCAUAUCAACGACGUGACCAACAGCAUUCUCGUCGUUGUAGCGCGACAGGUUCGGAUCCAUAACUGCAAGAACGUCGAUAUCUACUUGCACUGCGCCAGCCACCCAAUCAUCGAAGAUUGCUCGGGCAUGCGCUUUGCUCCUUUGCCGGAGUAUUAUGUACGUGAUGACGAUCCGUCGACUUCCUUGUUCUGGGAUCAAGUCGAUGAUUUUAAGUGGCUGAAGACUAGCCAGAGUCCGAAUUGGACGACCCUCUCCGAGGCCCAGCGGCUUUCCGACGAAGUGUGGACGAAGAUUGUGCCGGGCCAGCCGGGCAUUGGUGUCGAGAAAGUACUGGCCAAGGUUGGAAUCCCGCCAAAGUAA